AUGUUGUCGAGGGUCGUCAGCUGGGGCCAGGUGGCGCUGAAGCGGCGGCCGGUGGUCACCAACACCAUCGUGUAUGCCGCCUUUUACACGGCGGCUGAGCUCUCGCAGCAAACAUUCAACAAAUUCAAAUCGCCUAAAAGGCCGGCACUAGACCUAGCGGCGGCGGCUCGCAUCGUCACCAUCGGCAGUUGUUUAUACGCACCUACCCUGUAUUUUUGGUACAGAUUUCUGGAUAGGAAAUUUGUGGGAACGUCCGUCAAGGUAGUGGUAUCCAAAGUGGCGAGCGACCAAUUCAUCAUGACGCCAAUAUUGCUUGGCGCGUUCUACACCUUAAUGGCUGUAGCAGAGCGCAGGGAAGAUAUCUUUGGGGAGCUAAGGGAGAAAUACUGGAAGACUUUUGCCGCGAACCAAGCGUUUUGGAUUCCCGGGCAGACGGUGAAUUUCUUCUUCGUGCCUUCCCACUUGCGGGUCGUGUACGUGGCUUCUGCCUCUUUCAUAUGGAUCAAUGUUUUAUGCUUCAUCAAAAGGCAGAAGAGCGAGAAGAUACAG